CGCAUGCGCGUCUGGGCCCCGUGGUUGCGAUUGGCUUUAAAGCGGCCGACCUGGAUCGUGCAUGCGCUGCGGCAAAAGGCUAGCGUCUCGGGCAACAUGGCUGCUAAAAGUUUUGCUUCCCGUCUCCGUGGGUCCCGACGCUUUUUGAGUGGCUUCGUGGCCGGAGCUGUCGCGGGCGCUGCAAGCACUGGGCUUGUGGUCGUGCAGUUCCUCCGGAGUCGGGAUGCUGAGCCAGCGGUGGUGGUGAGGGAGCCGGACGGUUCUUCGGAAAAGGCUGUCUUGGAACAAUUUGGAUUCCCUUUAGCUGGAACAGAGACAAGGUGUUACACUAACCAUGCCUUGUCUUAUGAUCAAUCAAAGCGGGUGCCUAGAUGGGUUCUUGAACAUAUAUCCAAGAGCAAGAUAAUGGGUGCUGCAGACAGAAAACAUUGUAAAUUCAAGCCAGAUCCCAACAUCCCUCCAGCCUUCAGCGCCUUCAACGAGGACUAUAUUGGCAGUGGGUGGUCACGUGGCCACAUGGCUCCAGCAGGAGAUAACAAAUUCUCAACUAAAGCCAUGGCUGAAACCUUUUACCUCUCUAAUAUCGUGCCUCAGAAUUUUGAUAAUAAUGCUGGAUAUUGGAACAGAAUAGAAAUGUACUGUCGAGAACUGACAGAGAGGUUUGAGGAUGUUUGGAUAGUAUCUGGACCGCUGACCUUACCUCAGACUGGAAGUGAUGGAAAGAAAACAGUUAGUUACCAGGUGAUCGGCGAGGACAAUGUGGCAGUGCCCUCCCACCUGUACAAGGUGAUCCUGGCACGCAGAAGCGCGGGGUCUGCUGAGCCCCUGGCCCUCGGGGCCUUCGUGGUGCCCAACAAGGCCAUUGGCUUCCAGCCGCAAUUGAGUGAGUUCCAGGUGAGCCUGCAGGACCUGGAGAAGCUGUCGGGACUGGUGUUUUUCCCACAUCUGGAUAGAACUAGUGACAUCAGGAACAUCUGCUCAGUGGACACCUGUAAGCUCCUGGACUUCCGGGAGUUCACCCUGUACCUGAGCACAAGAAAGGUUGAGGGGGCCCGAUCAGUAGUCAGACUGGAAAAGGUCAUGGAAAACCUUCGGAACGCGGGCAUCGAGCCCGACGAGUACUUCGUGACUCGCUACGAGAAGAAACUGGAAGAACUCCGAGCUCAGGAGCAGUCGGGCGUCCUGGAGGAAAAGCCCUCGUAGUUCUCGUCUCAGAAGCGUGAACGUAAGGAAGUGGGUGUGGCCUCUUCGGGAUACUGUGUUUUAGCGACUCUGUUCUUAAAAUGGUGGAAUCCUAAAUUUCAGACCAAAUUUCUCCCCAAAAGGUGAAAGAUGUCAGAUUUUUCAGUUGGUGUAGUGUUUGACACGGGAAGUGAUUCUAUAAGGAAACUGUUAGCACCUGCCGAUCAUGGGCUGGUCCUGUGUCAGGCUAACAGGAGGGCUGUGUCUGCCGAUGUGUCCCUUCGGAGGUAUUAGAUGUGAAGGUGUUAAAUUUUGUCUCCAAAUUGUACCAUGUCUUUGUAUCUGCUCAGCCUUCUUGGAGCGCAGCAUUAUUUAUAUGUUUUCUUUAAGACAUGGGUUGGUCUAACACCUCUAUGCAUUAUCCUGGCCACAUGCAUUGUAUAUUUCUUUCUCGUUGCUCCUCUCGUGGACCCGCUGUUUCUCCUCUUCUGCCAUGUAGAAGCCCCCAGCACCUGCAUUUUCUGCUCACUUAGUGGGUCGUGUAUACAAAGCUCAUUGCUUUCCACGUAUUAUCCUCAACUACCCUCUGAGGGAAACGGCACUGUCCUCAUCUUACCCAUGAGGAAGCUGAGGCUUGGAGAGCUUAACUGUUUUGGCCAAAGCUCAUCUUCUCAAAGAAGUAAUCCACGAGGAAAGAAGCACCCCACGUGGGGUAUGUUGAAAUCAUCUCUGACACAGAGGCUUUGACUCAGAAAGACGUUCUUCCAUGGGCGUCUGUGAGCCUGGGGCCCGCUUGGUGAGAGCGUCUGGUUUCUUGUCUGCCGUCCAGCCAGAGACUUGAAUGUCCUCUGACUUGAACCCUCCUUAGUUCUUUGGGAAGAAAUAGUCACAGUGAUUAAAUGGAGAGGUCAGUGCUUUCUGGGGUUUAUCAGAGCCCUACUUGCCUUCAGAAAUGCGGUUCUUCUGGUGACUGGCUGGUGCCAAAUCCAUGGGUUUGUUGCUUUCCAGAUGGGCCUUUUGUCCCAGAGGUUGAGGAACCUAAGAAGGGUCUGUGCCCGCAGAGUCACCAACUUGUGACCUGCUCACCUUCGUCUUGCUUGUCUACGUGGAUGGCAGCGGGCAGGUGGUUGGGCCAAAGACCCGAAGACAGCCAGCUCUAGGGGAGGCAGUGGCUGUGUUUCUGAGCCAGGUCUCCAGUUUGGGAUUUGCGUGGGAUCCUCGCAUGGGCUGUCGUAAGCGUAGGCAGUAAACUGUCUUAAAAUAUCAUACAGGCACUUGUCUGACUGUCCCAUCACUGCUGCCUUUCCAAGUGGUGUUACCAGAACAAUUUUCGUGGUGUUGAUGUGUUUAUCUCUAGCAGAAAUGCCAAGACGUUAAGAUAAAGGCACGAGGGAUUUCCCUGGUGGUUGAGAGGUUAAGGAUCUGCCUGCCAGUGCAGGGGACAUGAGCUCAAUCCCUGAUCUUGGAAGAUCCCACGUGCCACGGAGCAGCUAGGCCUGUGCACGCCACAGCACGAGCCUGAGCGCCUAGAGCCCGAGCUCUGCAAGGAGAGGCCCCCGCAGCGAGCAGCCUGCAUACGGCAACGAAGAGCAGCCCCCUCUCACCGCAGCAAAGGCUCAGCACAGCCCAAAAUAAAUAAAAUUACAUUAAAGGAAAAGAUAAAGAUAAGAUGGUAAUGGUAGAUCUUGUUCUGCUUUAUUUGGGUCAAAAAGAAAGAAGUUGGGAGGGAGGGUCAGAAUGCCCCAGCCUGAUAAAUACCAGCCUCUCUUAACAUACUGUUCCCCGUUAGCUUGUGCCUGUCUUUUUCUUCUCAGGGAGAAAAAGCCAAAAUGUCACUGUGAAACCAAAAAAAAAAAAAAAUGUUACUUUCUCUCAUCGGAGAGGUGAUAGGAGCUGGGUGUUUCUCCAGGAGCCUGAGGGCGGCUCUGGGGCAGAGGUCCUGCUGCCCGUCUUCAGGGGCGAGCCCCCAUCCGAUGUCCCCGGGCCCCCGCGGGCAUUUCCAUCAGACAUGGCGUUAUUCCCAUGCCAUUCUCGCUCCUGUGUCUUCACCUGGAUGGUAGAGAAUCUUGAUUUUUAGAUCCGUCAAAUGUUCUAACGCAUUUUAGAACAUAAUUAGAAAAUGUUAGAAAUUUUCUAAUUAGAAAAUUAGUGAUUAGAAAACGUGUUAGAAACUGCUACCUGGUUGUUGUGGAAGAUAGAGAUAGCUACUCAUACUAUAUAUAUAUAUAUAUAAAUAAAUGUGCUGUUUCCCAGUCCUCAUUAUUGUAUAUAAAAGUUGUGUGGGUAUACCACAAGUGAUGCUUGAAUUGUCGUCUCCACGCUUCCAUUAACAGUCCCUCCAAGACAGACUUUGAAACGUAAGCACUGUGUAGAUAGAGCUCAGGACGUUCCUCUGAAUCAGAUCACUUCUGCCUCACCCCCCCACCCCCCGGGACUCUGAGAACUGGGGCUCAGACGCAGCAGAGCCCUAGGCCAGGAGUAUCCACCUCACUACUGCCCUGAGCCGAUCCCCGUCCAGCCCUCCUCGGUCCUGUGAGGUUUUGGGCUCCUGUACCUGGGACUCUGCCUUCCGCCCCGAUACACCCAGGGAGCCCCUGGUGCUGCCGGGCAGAAGGACCAGGCUGGGGGCUCUGCUGCUGAGAGUACCCCUGGGGGUGAGGGGCUCCCUACUCUCUCCACUCACAGUGACAUCUUUAUUUCGAGGCUUCAGGCUCUCUGGUCUGUGCACUGAGACUGUGUCACCAGUAUCGUGUGGGACGGGGACCUCACACAAGUGGCCACGGUAGGAUGGGCAUGCGAGCCCCUUAAACCCCUGCCAGGGCUUCUGGCCUCGGGCCUCGGUCUUCCAACUGGAAACCUCCGUCCGUCCUUCAGGACUUAGACUGGAGCCCAGCAGGAGAGGCAGUGUGAUCUGGAGGGAGCGGCUUCCUGCGGGGCCGGGUGCAGCCUGCAGCCCUGCUCUAGGGGUGGCCGUGAGUGCCCGCGGGCUCCCUGGCCUCAUCCUCCUGAGCCCCUGUCACUGGUGUCAGCAUGACGCACCUCGAAUUUCCCGCAGCGCCCGUCCCCACCCAGGGCCUGCUGUUGUGUUGCCUGCUCACGCCCCCGUCCACCUUGUCUGCCCUUCCCCUUCAUGGGCCCCUGGUCUCCUCCUCGAACCUCUGAUUCAUUCUGGUGGAGCUGGUGAGGGGUGGCCUCGUAUCAGCUGUGAACUCUUGCUCUUGCCUGCCUCUAAGCCCGCUAUGCUGGAUGUUGUCAUGGAGAUGACCCAUCACAGGAUACCAUAGGCCCCCCACCUCUAGGAACCGACCCUUAGGUCACAGAGCUGACCAGAGGCACUGCACUCUGUAUAAUUUGGGGCAAGGGAGAUUGGAUGCUUGGUUGGUGGGGCUUCUUUUUCGUGUCCUCAACUUCACUGGUCUGCCCUGAAACCACAGUACCUUUAGGGAUCACUGUGACGUAAUGCAUUUGAGUUAAUUUCAGGCCUUCAGAGAAGGUGCAAGUACAGUGAAUGUCCUCUCCCUCGAUACUGUGUCUUAUUUGCAUUCUUUUCUUGAACCAUUUAAAAUUGUACUAAAAAAAUAAGUUGUAGACACAGGACUUUGUCUUUUUUAAUUGAAGCAUAGUUGAUUUACAGUGUUGCAUUAAUUUGUACCAUACAGCUGAGUAAUUCAGUUACAUAUAUAUAUACACAUUCUAUUAUAGUUCAUCAUAGAUACUUAAUACAGUUCUCUGUGCUAUGCGGUAGGACUGUUUAUCCAUUUUGUAUAUAAUAGCUUACAUCUGCUAACCCCAGCCUCCUCCCCGCUGGCAGCCACAGGUCUGUUCCCCACGGCCGUGAGUCUGUUUCUGUCUGAUAGGCUUUUUUGUGUUGCAUUUUCAAUUCCACUUACAAAUGAUCUCAUGUGGUGUUUUCUCAUUCUGAUGUAUUUCACUUAGUAUAAUGAUCUCUGGUUGCAUCCAUGGUGCUGCUCGUGGCAUUAUUUUGUUCUUUUUUUAUGACUGAGCAGUACUCUGUUGGAUACAUGCACCACAUCUUCUUUACCCCUUGCUCUGCUGAUGGACAUGUAGGUUGCUUCUGUGUCUUGGCUGUUGUGAACAGUGCUGAAUGGAACACUGGGGUGCGUGUAUCGUUUCAAAGUUUGGUUUUCUCUGGUAUGGUGUGCCUUUGGUUUUGCCAGCGAGUGUUUGACACACAUGGCAAGCGCGUCUUCAUUUUGAUUCCAUCUGACAGCCUCGGGAACAUUCUGGCAGACUGGGCAAUCUAUGAACCUGCAAAUAAGGGAAAGAGGACUAACACCAUGUGGUCACAUGUGGUCACGGUAUUCUUUAGGUGGAGAAAAUGGGUUGAAACUGUUUUUAAAUUCCAAAACCGAUCCUUUUUGCAUGUACAAUUAGAGAAAACUGGCUUGAUAAAAAUACUUUUUUUCAGAACACUGACCCUGAGAGAACAAAAAUAUUCUUAGCAGAAAACUUGAAGUAAACUCUUGCCAUGCUCUUCAAGUACAAACACAGCCCACUUUGCCUGGGACUUCAGCCUUGAGUUUUAAUUAGUAGAACUUCAAGUCAAAGGGGGGAAUAAAGGAGGGAAGAAAAAGAUCCUUUUAAAAUCAAACGUGCAAAUUUGACUAUUGUGACUGUUAUUCAUAAACUGAUAAAUUUAAGUGCAGUGACUGAGUCAAGAAAUACAAAAAGAUUUUUUAAAAAUGA